AUGGGCUUCAGGGAAGAUAGCAGUGAUAUUUCAAAAUUUAUAUCAGACUUGGCCGCUUUCCUGAGUCUGGAGAAUAUCCUGAGGGUGGCGGAGACAGUCGGCGAAUGCCAAAAAAAUGCUGGGAUGUUGAUGCCAGUGGAGGUCUUUAAAGAACAGCUGCAUUUUGGUUUGGUGGAGGUUGUGUAUAGGUGGGCUCAGGGAGAGUACUUGUCAAAACUUGCCGAGGACUCACAAUUAGACGAAGGCGUCAUUGUCAGGGCCAUACAAGCCUUGGUCGAGUUGUUGGGCCGGGUGCAGAGCGCUGCAGAUGGUCUCGGGAUCGAAUCCCUCCCGGAGAAGUGCCAAAAGGCUGUGUUCCGUAUCAACCGUGGGAUUAUCCUGUUGCCCAGUCUUUACCUGGAGCCCGGGGGUGACAGGGAGGAGAGCAGCAGCGAGGAGGGGGGAUCUGAUGAAGAGGACGACGACAGUGAUGAUGAUGUUGUUAUUGAGGAUGAUGAUAAUGGAGACGAAGAUGAGGAAGAGGAAAAGGUUAUAAUUAGUGCAAGAAAUCUAAAAAUUUAAGUCAGUUAAUGGAGAAAGGUCAAUUAAAUUUUCGGGUUUUU